AUGUCCUCGAAAACCAAGAAGCCAGCGGGCAAGACCCAGCGAUCUGCCAUUGCUGAUGUUGUCGCCAGAGAGUACACCAUCCACCUUCACAAGAGACUUCACGGUGUCACAUUCAAGAAGCGCGCACCAAAGGCCAUCAAGGAGAUUAAGGCAUUCGCAACAAAGUCAAUGGGUACCUCCGAUGUUCGUCUCGAUCCCCAAUUGAACAAGAAGGUCUGGGAAGCUGGUAUCAAGGGUGUUCCAUACAGACUUCGUGUCCGCAUUUCAAGAAAGCGAAAUGACGAGGAAGGUGCUAAAGAAAAGUUGUACAGCUAUGUUCAGGCCGUCAAUGUUAAGAACGCAAAGGGUUUGCAGACUGCGGUGGUUGAGGAAUAA